AUGUUACAGUUCGUUGUCCUCGCCGCCGCCCUGGCUGUAGCCCAGGCUGCCUAUGUCUCUGGCCCCGCAUAUGCCCCCGCUGCCUAUGCUGCUCCUGCCUACGCCCCUGCUGCGUACGCCGCCCCUGCCUACCACGCCCCCGCCGCCCUCACCUCUACCUCUGCCAACAUCCUGAGGACCCCCGGCAACCUGGGACAGGUCUCCACCUACACCAAGACCAUCGACACUCCCUACUCCAGCGUGAGCAAGUCUGACGUCCGUGUGAGCAACCCCGGCUACGCCACCUACGCCGCCCCCGCCUACGCUCCUGCUGCGUACGCCGCCCCCGCCUACCAUGCCCCUCUUGCCUACGCCGCCCCCGCUGCGUACGCCGCCCCUGCCGCCUACCACGCUCCUGCUGCCUACGCCGCUCCUGCCACUCACGGUCUUCUUGGUGUUGCAUACUCCCCUGCCACCGCCGUAGCUCAUCUGUCUUUUGAUGGAUAUGGAGUCCAUUAUGGAUACGCUGUACAGUUGUGUCACACUCAACAACACAUCACCAUGUACAAGUUCUUGGUUCUCGCCGCCGCUUUGGCUGUUGCCAACGCAGGCUACCUCGCCGCCCCCGCCUACGCACCCGCUGCGUACGCUGCCCCCGCAUACGCUCCUGCUGCGUACGCCGCCCAUGCCUACGCCCCUGCUGCCGUCACCUCCACCUCCGCCAACAUCCUGAGGACCCCUGGCAACCUGGGACAGGUCUCCACCUACACCAAGACCAUCGACACUCCCUACUCCAGCGUGAGCAAGUCUGACGUCCGUGUGAGCAACCCCGGUUACGCCACCUACGCCGCCCCCGCCUACGCUCCUGCUGCGUACGCCGCCCCCGCCUACCACGCCCCUGCCGCUUACGCCACCCCCGUCGUUAAGGCUGUUGCUCCCGCUUACGCCCCCGCCUACCACGCACCCGCUGCUUACGCCGCUGCCCCCGCUGCUCACGGUCUCCUUGGAGUUGCUUACUCUGCCGCCCCUGCCGUCGCUCACCUGACCUUUGACGGAUACGGCAUCCACUACGGAUACUAAGCAGCACUUCCUAGUCAACUUGUACAUCUCACAAUCAACUAUUUAUUACAUUUAAUUUAUUGAAAUGAAAUAAAAAGAAGAUUGCUAAAA